UCAUCAUCAUCAUCUCUAAUGUAAACUCAAUUUGUAUUUAGGUUUUUUGAGUAUCCAAACAGCCCGCCCGCACCGUCGCCUUGCCCUGCCCCCACACCCAAAUCCACGAUCUCCAAACCGGCAUUUCAAAAACCCUUUUUUCUGUUUUCUUAUUAAUUUAUAUGUGUUUUGUUUUUGGUUUUCACAAUCAUAGAAAGAAACAACAAAACUCUCUCUUUCUCAAGGCGAAGUAGAAGCAGUUGAUCUUACAUUUUUUUUUUUUGUUCUCUUUGUACUUACAAAAAUGGAUUCUCAAGAUUCCCAACUCCCCCUGCCCCACCACCACCACCAUCACCACCCCCAAACCCUCCACCACCCGCAGCCGCAAUUCCACCACCACCAUCACCACCAGCAACAACCCGGGGGGCCCACCAUGAUGGUGGCGCCACCCCAACAACCCAACUCCUACGCCGCCAUGCCCAACAACGUCUCUGCCCACAACAGCGCCAUGAUGCACCACCACCAGCACCAGCAACAGCAACAGCAGCAUCAUCAGCACCAGCAGCAGCAGCAAUCUCAGCAAAACCCUCGCUUUCCGUUCAAUUCCAUGGUGGGUACGGGUACGGGUGCGGGUUCGGGUCCGGGUCCCGCUCCUAAACCCGCCGCCCCCGCCGCCGCCAUGGAUUAUUCCGAUGGGUCCUCCCCUGGGGCUUCGGGUUUCAGCAUUGAGCCCGCCAAGAAGAAGAGGGGCCGACCUAGGAAGUACUCCCCAGAUGGUAACAUUGCUCUGGGCCUCUCUCCUACGCCGGUCACUCCGAUUUCAUCCAUGGUGGCCCACCCUGACUCUGCGGCCGGGGCCGGGGCCGGCUCCAGCGCCGCCGCCACUCCCUCCUCGGAGAAUCAGGUCAAAAAGGCUCGAGGCAGGCCUCCUGGCUCCGUCAAGAAACAAAUGGACGCUCUUGGUUCUGCUGGAGUUGGUUUCACACCCCAUGUAAUUACUGUAGAGCCCGGAGAGGAUAUAGCUUUAAAGAUAAUGGAAUUUUCACAACAAGGACCGAGAACAGUUUGCAUUCUUUCUGCAAUUGGUGCCAUUUGCAAUGUUACCCUUCGUCAACCGUCAACUGGCGGUGGCACUGUGACAUUAGAGGGCCAGUUUGAAAUCAUCUCGUUAUCAGGCUCGUUCUUAUUUUCAGAGAGCGAUGGCCACCGCAGCAGGCCGAGUGGCUUGAGUGUGUCAUUGGCCGGGGCCGAUGGCAAAGUUGUAGGUGGCGGAGUUGCGGGGACGCUUAAGGCGGCGUCACAAGUACAGCUGAUUGUGGGUAGCUUCAUAGCUGACGGCAAAAAGCCCAAGUAUAAGCCGUCCUCCACACCGCCACCCCAAUCAAAUAUGUUAAAUUUCAGCGCCCAAGCUGCCGAAGCCGCCAGCCCUUCCGAGGACGCCUCCAGCGACUCUUCUGACGAAAAUGGCGGGACUCCUCUUAACCGUGGGCCUCCAGCUUACGGUAAUGCUAACCCGCCAGUCCAAACGAUGCAGAUGUAUGCAAACAUGGGGUGGCCAAAUUCCACUGUCAAGAUGCAUCCUUAAUUCCUUCGUGCUCGACUAGUUAGAUUAUCUUGUCGGAAAAAGGCUAACAGGUGUAUGUUCAUUCAACUUCUAAUCUUAUAUCGCCCUCCCCGUCGUUACCCCUCUUUGUUUUCCCUAGAUUCACCGAGAGCCCGAGAAUGGUUUUCUUUGCGGCGACAUAUUGAUCUGUGUUUGGUUUUAGUUGACAUAUAUGGUUGAAUGUUUUGUAUGUGAUUGUUCUUUGUAAAACAUGUUUUAGGAGUUGUAGUUGUAAGUUUUUCAAGUAGACUUGAAUAGAGUUUCCAUACAAGAAUGGUAUUUAUUUUUA